AUGUUGCUUACAGCAAAAUUCAGCGAAUUGCUCGGUUAUACUUCUAUAGCAUGUUGGCUUGGUGCCCAAUUUCCACAGGUGAUUGAAAAUCACAAACGGCGGUCGUGUGAGGGCCUCGCGCUACCGUUCUUGUGCAAUUGGAUGCUCGGCGACUUUUCGAAUUUAGUCGGAUGUUUGCUCACUCACCAGCUUCCCUUCCAGACUUAUCUUGCGACCUACUUUUGCAUAGUGGACUGUUCGUUGCUGGCUCAAUACUUCUACUAUGGCUGGAAACCAGAAACGCUAUCCGAGGUGUACGUACGCACACGGUCACGAACCAUAUCCACUGCUCGUCGACUCUCCUUAGACGCAUCACACUAUCGUACACUAUCGACAGUCGCAGGGGAUGUUGCCGCAGCAGCAGCAUUAGGUGCAUUCUCUGAAUCACAUCCUGAACAUCGUGUUACACGAAAGCAUGUCGUCGUCGACGAGUCGUUCGAUGACACACCACCCCAGGUCGUCGAAGAAGCACAGGAUGAGGUUGAUGGUGCAGUCUUGUCAGCACUCUCAGAAAGUUUUCACUCUGGGCGGAAACGCGUUUCAUGGAGCCAAGAACGCCACGAUCAUCAACCGGGUGCUCGAAGCCAGCCGGUCGUUCCAACGUCAUUGCAAAUUACAGCUCCUCAGCGCGAGUUCGCAGCAUUUUCCCGGGGUCGUUCAGAGCAGCGUAUGGCAGAUGCGGAAGAUAUUGAGGUUGAGCAGUCCAGCUCGCGUACGGCGAGUGGCCAUAGGGCCAGUUCGCGUGCGAGUCGACGUGGGGCAAGUAUGGUCUUGCUUGGAUUUGGGGCCUUGUUUAGUGUUGGAGCUCUAACCAACGCUCACUCCAGAUCUUUAGUAGAGAGGAGUGACAGCGUCGGACAGGUACUGGUAGAUGAGGUUGAUGUACCACAUCCAUUGACAGCGUCCUCGCACGACACGGCCUACCAUGUGUCAUCAUCAGAUGCAGGGGUUGUGACCGUCAAAUUCCCUCUGGCACUUAGCCAGAACGAGUCGCGCUCUCAAUCAUCAGAAGACUCCCCAUCGGCGGAACGCGUUAUUGGCCGAAUAUUCGCCUGGCUGUGUACCUCAUUAUAUUUGACUUCCCGGCUUCCUCAGAUAUGGAAGAACUAUGCCAGAAAGUCUGUUGAAGGACUCUCAGUGUAUCUCUUUGUCUUCGCUUUCCUUGGCAACUUUUUCUAUGUCUGCUCGAUAUUGACAUCUCCAGAGGCACACAUGCCUCCACCCGCAUCAACUAAGUUUUUCAAGGAGAGCAUCCCAUACCUGCUUGGAAGUGGCGGCACAUUUAUCUUUGAUGUCACGAUUGUAUCUCAAUCCUAUAUUUACAGAGGGAAGCCUCCGCGUCGGCGAGGCCGUGGUACAUCAAUUGCACACAGAGCUUCCCUCGCUGAAGAGCAAGCUUGUUUAUUGGGAGGAGAUGCCCUUUCUGGUUCGUACUACAGUGGAAGAAGAGCAAGCGUUGUACGGCACUCUAGGACUCGGAGCCCCGUUAGCAACCAACAAUUCGCAGAACCACAACCUGAUCAUCUCCGUGCCUUCGUACUCGAUUAUCUCUGUCAUAAUUGUUACACCAAGACUGCGCAGGCGUUCGCUAGGGAUACCGCCGUGAGGCACCUCGACAAAGAUGGAGAUGAAAUUACGUCGUCCGACAGAAGGUUACAAGGGACCUCAGCGGACCUAACAGAGGAAGGCCUCCGGAGGAUACGGCGUCGUGAAGAAGUACGAAUAGAAAUUCUCUCGGGGCGAAUCGAUGAAGCUACUGCCCUCCUCAACGAGCACUUCCCCAGUGUUCUUGCCUCAACAAGCGUACCCUCCUCAGAAACGUCGUCUUCUGUCGAUUCUUCCCCUGACCGUAUAGAGUACACCUCCCGUACUGUUUUGGACCCGACACUACUUUCGCUCAAUCUCCGUAUCCAUGCUUUCAUCGAAGCUUGCCGAACAAUCCCUCUUCCCUAUGUUCCGCACCAUCGGAUCACAUCUAUAGCAACACCAGGACACACGACCAAUCUCUCCCGCGACUUUGAUCACAUGGCUGACGAGCGUUAUCAGACAGAGUUAAUACUGCAUGCGCAGAAGCUCUAUGCGUUAGUGGAACUAUUACGGAAGCCGGAAGACCGAGCAACUUAUUUGAAGGAGCUCGAGAAUGUUGGCGGCCUCCUCGCAUAUAAGGUGCCAGAGAUGAGCCCUAUGUCCAAAUAUCUUGACCAGGCAAGACGGGAAUGUGUCGCAGACCAGAUAAACCGUGCAAUACUCUAUCACAGCAAUCUACUGUCCGUAUCUCAUAUGGAAGUUGCAGUGCGAUAUAAUUCUGCUCUCUGGGGAGCUCUGAGUGAACUGCAUAUCAAAGUUCCCACAAGCUCUAGCAGACCUGCAGGAGUUACCCUCCCACCAAAACCUACUAGCAAAAGUGCGUCAACUUCAGGAGAGAAGAAAUUGACUAGUAGUUACUUGCCUCCGUUUGAUCUGGGCUCAUUCCUCGAUGCCCGGGUAUGA